AUGGAGGAAGGAAAUCUCACCACAGUGACCGACUUCAUUCUCCUGGGCUUCACAACAAACCCUAAACUGCAGCUGAUCUUAUUUGUACUAUUUCUACUAAUAUAUAUAGGCAGCCUGGCAGGGAAUAUCACAUUAAUUGCUCUAAUCUGCAGCAGCUCUCACCUCCAUACGCCCAUGUAUUUCUUCAUUGGGAACCUUUCCUUCCUGGAUCUGUGGUAUUCCUCCAUCUAUACGCCAAAGAUCUUGGUGAACUGCAUCUCUGAAGACAAGAGUAUUUCCUUUGGUGGCUGUGCCUCCCAAUUCUUCUUCUCAGCUGCCCUUGCCUAUAGCGAGUGCUACCUUCUGGCAGCCAUGGCCUAUGACCGUUAUAUGGCCAUAGCCAAGCCAUUGUUGUAUGCCACUGCCAUGUCCAGAAAGCUGUGCACAGCACUGGUGGCCCUCUCAUAUCUAGGUGGGUUCAUCAAUUCCACCUUAAUCACUAGUGAAACCUUCACAUUGAGCUUCUGUGAUGGCAACGUCAUUGAUGACUUCUUCUGUGACUUACCUCCAUUGGUGAAGCUAUCCUGCAACGUGCCCAAGAGCUAUCAGUCCGUGUUGUACUUCAUUUUGGCUUCUAAUGUAAUUACACCCUCUGCACUUAUCCUUGCCUCCUAUGCCUUCAUUCUGGUUGCCAUCUUGAGGAUCCGCUCCACUGAAGGGAGACUGAAAGCCUUCUCCACAUGUGCCUCUCAUCUGAUUGCAGUUACUUUGUACUAUGGCUCUAUCCUCUUCAUCUACUCACGGCCCAGCUCCAGCUAUGCUUUGGAAAGGGACAAAGUGGUCUCUGUUUUCUACACAGUAGUGAUUCCUAUGCUUAAUCCCCUCAUCUACAGCCUCAGGAACAAGGAUGUAAAACAUGCUCUGAAGAAACUAGCAAUGAAAUGGAGGACAAUGUGUCCUCAGAACCUCAUUUGUAUAAUGCAUUAUUUACCACUGUAUCUUUUCCAUAAAAUGGUGAAUGAAAACAGUACCACCAUCACCGAGUUCAUUCUCCAGGGCAUCUCAAAUGAUCCAGGUAUGAAAGUCUUAUUCUUUGUGGUAUUCCUGAUCAUCUACCUGGUCAAUGUUGUGGGAAAUCUGGGCAUGAUCAUCUUGAUCACACUUGAUUCCCACCUUCACAAUCCUAUGUACUUCUUCCUCUGGCACCUGUCCUUCUGUGACAUCUGCUACUCAUCUGCCAUUGCCCCCAGAAUGCUCUCUGACUUGUUAUCUGAGAGCAGGAUCAUCUCCUUCCCUGAAUGCACAGCCCAGUUCUACUUCUUUGCUGCAUUUGUGGAUGCCGAGUGCUACAUUUUAGCAGUGAUGGCCUAUGACCGCUAUGUGGCCAUCUGCAACCCAUUGCUCUAUUCCACUGCCAUGUCCAAGUCCCUCUGUAUCAGGCUCCUACUUGGCUCAUACAUUGCUGGCACAACUAAUGCCAUAAUACACACAACAGCCACCUUCAGCCUGCAGUUCUGCAGUUCCAACCUCAUCAACCAUUUCUUCUGUGAUGUCCCUCCACUGCUGGCAAUCGCUUGUUCUGACACCCACAUUAAGGAGACUAUGGAGCCGCUUUCCCAUACCACCAUCACCGAGUUCAUUCUCCAGGGCAUCUCAAACGAUCCAGGUAUGAAAAUCUUAUUAUUUGUGGUAUUACUGAUCAUCUAUCUGGUCAAUGUUGUGGGAAACCUGGGCAUGAUCAUCUUGAUCACACUUGAUUCCCACCUUCACAAUCCUAUGUACUUCUUCCUCUGGCACCUGUCCUUCUGUGACAUCUGCUACUCAUCUGCCAUUGCCCCCAGAAUGCUGUCUGACUUGUUAUCUGAGAGCAGGACCAUCUCCUUCCUUGAAUGUACUGCCCAGUUCUACUUCAGUGCUGCCUUUGCGGAUGCCGAGUGCUACAUUUUAGCAGUGAUGGCCUAUGACCGCUAUGUGGCCAUCUGCCACCCAUUGCUCUAUUCCACUGCCAUGUCCAAGUCCCUCUGCAUCUGGCUCCUACUUGGCUCAUACAUUGCUGGCACAACUAGUGCCAUAAUACACACAACAGCCACCUUCAGCCUGCAGUUCUGCAGUUCCAACCUCAUCAACCAUUUCUUCUGUGAUGUCCCUCCACUGCUGGCAAUCACUUGUUCUGACACCCACAUUAAUGAGAUUUUGCUUUUUGCAUUUGUUGGCUUUGUUGCGAUGAGCUCCCUCUCCAUCAUCCUUCUCUCUUACAUCUUCAUUUUAGCAGCCGUCCUGAGAAUGCCCUCAGGGAGACUCAAAGCCUUCUCCACCUGUGGGUCCCACUUCACAGGGGUCACUUUAUUUUAUGGGACUCAGAUUUUCAUGUAUCUCCGGCCCACCUCUGUUUAUGCCUUGGAUCAAGACAAAUGGGCUUCUGUGUUCUACACUGUAGUGAUCCCCAUGCUCAAUCCUCUGAUCUACAGCUUGAGGAACAAAGAUGUUAAGGAAGCUUUCAGAAAACUCAUUAACAGGAAGCUGAACUCUGUCUUAAACUAA